AUGUCUCCACGCCAUGUUAACCCUCGACAGGUUAUCUACCUUCCCGCAUCCAAAAGCAAUGACCUCCAGUCCUUCUCGUCACCUCUCUUGAAUGUCCGUGACUCUCAUGUUUCUGCACCAUUCUUUGGACCCAAUGUAUGGACAGCUCUAGUACAACCAGUAUCUGGAGGUGGCAUCUCACCAUCCCUGCCUGCUGUUCAAUUGAAAGUGACAUUCAAGGAAGGCGGAGCCUUUGACUUCCACACCAACUUCGAGCGGAUCAAGGAACGACUCGAGCAGGCUGUUGAGAAUACAAGCGAGAGCACUCGAGGGCAACAAAACGUGGAUCUCUCAGCAGUUCAUUUGGAAGAGUUGCCUGCAUAUGAAGCUCCGCCUAAUGCUAGCCAAAGUGCUAGACCCAGCCAGACACCAGAAGAGCCGCAAAGCAGUCGAGCGUCUGACGCCGGUUUCGAACCCGCGGAGCCGCCUCCAUGUUACGAGGAGGUCCAGUCGCAAAGUGUAGCCCACGAGCUGGAAGAGAGGCUGCGACGCGCCAUCUAA